GAUACUUGAAACAGCGAUAAAUUUGAACGUGCACACCCCAGAGUUCCCGAGUACUUUGAUUGCAACUCAUAUUCAACUCGAAAUGCCGCGUUGCACACGAAAAGGCUGUGGCCAGGAUUUCGAUUUAGCUACAAAUGAUCCGUCCAGCUGCACCUACCAUUCUGGAGCACCUGUCUUCCAUGAAGGCUUGAAAUCGUGGUCUUGUUGUUCCGAUGUGAAUAAGCCAGCCUUGGACUUUGACGAGUUCAUGAAAGUACCUGGAUGUACGGUCUCGUCGCAUACAGACAAAGCCCCAGAAGUACCUGCUCCUGCUAUAAAGACGUCCUCGAUCGCCUCCAAUCUUAUCGUGAAGGAGGCAAAAGACGGAGCGGAGGUUUAUUCGACCAGUACACCGAAGCUUGCGCCGCCUAAGCCAUCCAUUCCCCCACCUGUAGAAGCUCCUGUUGUGGAAGAUGAAGAUGAUCUCGACGUGCCCGUAUCUCCUGGCACUGUGUGUAAACGCAGAAGCUGUGGUACUGCUUUUGUCAGUGAUGAGGUGAAUCGAAUUGGAGAUGGUGAUGAAACUGUUUGCACAUACCACCCAGCUGUUCCCAUCUUUCAUGAAGGAAGCAAGGGUUACAUAUGCUGUAAACGACGUGUCUUGGAGUUUGAUGAGUUCCUCAAGAUUGAGGGGUGUAAAAAGGGGCGCCACGUGUUUGCACCCAAGCAGCGUACAGAACUUCAGGUGGAGCAGUUUACUGACUGCCGUGUCGACCAUUAUCAAACACCAAAGGAGGUCCACAUCUCUGUGUUUGCCAAACAAGUGGACAAGGAAAAGAGCACUGUUGCGAUAGAGGACAAUCAAAUUCACUUGGACCUCUAUCUCCCUGGACCCAAGCGCUUCCGCCGUACAAUCGUUCUUUUCGGUCCAGUGAAUCCCGAUGGGUCUUCGUACAAAUUCUAUAAUACGAAGGUCGAAGUGGUCCUCAAGAAACUUGAUACCAGGAGUUGGACUUUGCUCGAAAAGACAACUCGUGAUCUUGGCAACAUCAGUUUGACUUUCGGUGUAGGUGGCCGAACGGGUACCAUUGGGAGCAAAGAUCUAGUGCUUGAUGAGCAAAAUACAAAUAGAGUCAAUUAGAAGAUUGAGGGGGAUCAAUGGGAAAAGUCUAGUCUAAAAUUCUAG